CCUAAAAAACCACUCACAAUCCCUUAAGCCCAGCAUAUAAAUAGCCGUCACGUGCUUUACUCUCAAUCUGUUCGCCUCCAUUUAGCUCUCUGUUAUUUCUUUUCCCUCUUGUCUACUAUUCAAUCGAAUUUUCAGCCAUGUCUGACGAAGAGCAUCAAUUUGAGUCAAAAGCAGAUGCAGGUGCAUCUAAAACUUUCCCUCAACAAGCUGGUACUAUCCGUAAAAAUGGUUACCUCGUUAUCAAAGGCCGUCCUUGCAAGGUUGUGGAAGUCUCUACAUCCAAAACUGGCAAGCACGGUCAUGCCAAAUGUCAUUUCGUCGCCAUUGACAUCUUCACUGGCAAGAAGCUUGAGGAUAUUGUUCCCUCUUCACACAAUUGUGAUGUGCCCCAUGUUAAUCGCACAGAUUAUCAGCUUAUUGACAUCUCUGAAGAUGGAUUUGUGAGUCUGCUCACUGACAAUGGUAACACCAAGGAUGACCUUAGGCUUCCUACUGAUGAAAAUCUCCUCACGCAGAUCAAGGAAGGCUUUGCUGAGGGUAAAGACCUUGUCGUGUCUGUUAUGUCAGCCAUGGGUGAGGAACAGAUUAAUGCCCUGAAGGAUAUUGGUCCCAAGUAACUUGAUCGGAUGUUGCUCGAUGCGAAGUUCUUUACUACCUUGAGUGAGAUAGAUAUUAUAGUCAUGGAAAAAAAAUUGUGGUCUUAUGGAAUAUUCUUCAGGAUUUGCGGACCAUUGUGAGUUAGAUUUUUAUUUAUUUUUGUUGUUUUAAAUUGUAUUCGUCUGAAUUUUGUUCUGCCUUGAAGCUUUUUAAAUUUGGUGUGGGAAAAUGGUAAACCUUCAACUAUAUACCAACUUCUUCGCCAAUUUGUCUGCUCAUUAACUUUAAAUUAUGGGGAUUCAUUCUAGUUUCUCCUG